AGCGAUCUCAAGUCUGUCUCGCCUUUACCCGAUUCACAAUAAAGUCGGUUCCUAUCUUACCCUCAAAUCCCUCAACCUCAAUCAUCUUCCUCAUACUCUCCUUGCUCCUUCACCCGAGACCUCCCAGUCGUUCUCAUUAUUUGAGAGAGAAACAGAAACCUCCCAUCACUGCCCAGGCCCAGGCCUUCUUUCUCACCCUCUUUCGUCUUAACCAUCCAUCUUUCUCUUCGUCUUCCUCACUACUCACCUUUCCGUCACAGGUAUAGCAUGUCCUAUCAUAACCUGUACGAAUUUGCUUAUAUGGCUGGAGCUGAUGAAAUGGAAGAUUUCAUUGAUGAGAUAGAAGAUGAAAACUACGGUGAAUGUGGCGGAGAUAUGGGCGUUGAUGAAUAUGAAGUGCUCACAAAGGUAACCGAUACAUCCGCUGCUCAAGCAAGAAAGGGGAAGGACAUUCAAGGUAUUCAGUGGGAGAGGUUGAACAUAACGAGAGAAAGGUACAGAUUGACAAGGCUUGAACAGUACCGAAAUUAUGAGAAUAUACCAGCGUCUGGGGAAGCUGUAGACAAGGAGUGCAAACAAAUGGAGAAGGGUGGAAAAUUCUAUGAAUUCUUCUAUAAUACAAGAUUGGUUAAACCUACUAUUCUUCAUUUUCAGCUGAGGAAUUUAGUUUGGGCUACUUCAAAACAUGAUGUUUAUCUUAUUUCAAACUACUCUGUCAUGCACUGGUCAUCGUUAACUGGCCAUUUGUCAGAGAUCAUCAAUUUUGCGGGACAUGUAGCACCUGCUGAGAAACAUGCAGGAAGUUUGUUGGAAGGCUUUUCACAAACCCAGAUUAGCACGUUGGCUGUCAAGGGAAAUUUCCUUGUUGCUGGUGGGUUCCAAGGGGAGCUUACUUGUAAGCGUUUGGACGAGAAAGGAGUAAGCUUUUGUACGCGGACCACAUAUGAUGACAAUGCAAUCACAAAUGCAAUUGAAAUAUAUGACACUCUGAGGGGUGGAACUCAUUUCAUGGCAUCCAAUAAUGAUUGUGGAGUACGAGAGUAUGACAUGGGAAAGUUUCAGCUAUUAAAUCACCUCCAGUUCCCUUGGCCAGUGAAUCACACAUCAAUCAGCCCAGAUUGUAGGCUUAUGACUGUUGUUGGGGAUAACCUAGAUGGAUUGCUAGUGGAUCCGCAAAAUGGCAAGACUGUUGCCACUGUGGUUGGUCAUCGAGAUUACUCUUUCGCAUCUGCAUGGCACCCUGAUGGACAAACCUUUGCUACCGGCAAUCAGGAUAAGACUUGCAGAGUGUGGGAUGUCAGACGCUUGUCAUCUCCAAUUGCCAUUCUCAAGGGUAACCUUGGGGCUGCUCGAUCUAUUCGCUUUUCUUCGGAUGGCCAAUUUAUGGUGGUUGCUGAACCUGCUGAUUUUGUGCAUGUGUAUAGCACGAAGGCUGAUUACAAAAAGCGUCAAGAGAUUGAUUUCUUUGGGGAAAUUUCUGGGGUCUCUCUCAGUCCAGAUGAUGAGUGUAUGUACAUUGGAAUCUGGGACCGUACUUAUGCCAGCUUGCUUCAGUAUAAUAGGAGGCAUUCGUAUGGGUACCUUGAUUCCUACUUGUGAGCAUGAUUCAUCUGAAGGAUUAUCAACAUCGUUAAUGUUGGAUUCAUGGAGCACUCCUUUAAAUCUUAUCAUUUCUGGAGGCAACAUCACGAGAUAUUUUUGGUUUACAGGAGGUCACACUUGUAUAGUUCAUUAGCGAUAGUUACAGGCAUCAAACCUGUGUUUUUCUGUUGAUGUGAAUGCCACCGGCAGGAAUUGGGAGCUGCUAUGUUUAAGUGAUGCUCAUAGUCUUUCAUUAAUAACUGCUUUCUUUAUUACUUAAUGAAAAUAAUUGCUCUCUCUCGGGGGGCAAACAGUUUAGUUAA